AAAACGUUCACCCAUGGGGGGCCCCAGGAUCGUGUUUGGGAAACCCCGAAUAGUGACCAUCAAAUGAAAUGCAGACAAGCGCCACCCCCGAGGAGUGGAAGUCUCGAGGAACUGCCUUCCUUUAUCGCAAACUGGUUGCCGGUGUUCGGCGUCGCCAUAUUUUCAAUCCGAAGCUCUGAGAGGUCCUGAGGAGACAGCCUUUGCGUCCACCUGAACAUGUCUGGCCCAGUCACCAGUCGAUCCCGGGUUUACCCCGACGUGAACACACAGAGACCCCGGGAGUACUGGGACUACGAGUCACACGUUGUGGAGUGGGGGAAUCAAGAUGACUACCAGCUGGUGCGAAAGCUAGGCCGGGGCAAAUACAGCGAAGUGUUUGAAGCCAUCAACAUCACAAACAACGAAAAAGUAGUCGUCAAAAUACUUAAGCCAGUAAAGAAGAAGAAAAUCAAGCGAGAAAUCAAGAUUCUAGAAAACCUGCGAGGCGGCCCCAACAUUAUCACACUUCUAGACAUCGUCAAGGAUCCAGUGUCCCGGACUCCAGCCCUGGUUUUUGAACACGUUAACAACACAGACUUCAAGCAAUUAUAUCAAACGCUAUCAGACUACGACAUACGGUUCUACAUGUACGAGAUCUUAAAGGCCCUGGACUACUGUCACAGUAUGGGCAUCAUGCACAGAGACGUCAAGCCACACAACGUCAUGAUUGACCACGAACACAGAAAGCUUCGCCUUAUAGACUGGGGUUUGGCAGAGUUCUACCACCCUGCUCAGGAGUACAACGUACGAGUGGCGUCCCGAUACUUCAAGGGUCCAGAGCUGCUAGUCGACUACCAGAUGUACGACUACAGUUUAGACAUGUGGAGCUUGGGCUGCAUGCUGGCAAGUAUGAUUUUCAGGAAGGAGCCUUUCUUCCACGGACACGACAACUACGACCAGCUUGUACGAAUCGCAAAAGUCCUGGGCACAGAAGACCUUUAUGACUACAUUGAUAAAUACAACAUCGAGCUAGACCCACGGUUCAACGACAUUCUGGGCAGACAUUCCCGUAAACGGUGGGAGAGGUUUGUGCACAGUGAGAACCAGCACCUGGUGAGCACCGAGGCUCUGGACUUCCUGGACAAGCUGCUGCGCUACGACCACCACGCUCGCCUCACAGCCCGGGAGGCCAUGGACCAGCCCUACUUUUACCCCAUUGUGAAAGACCAGGCGAGAAUGGGCUCUACAUCAGGGCUGUCGACUGGUUCAACCCCAGUCAGCUCCUCCAGUAUGAUGACAGGCAUCACCUCCAUGUCCUCGUCGCAGCCCCUGGCUAAUGUGGCGGGCUCUCCUGUGAUCUCCUCCCCCAGUGCUCUGGCCACUCAGGUCCCAGCCGCUGCCGGGGCCCAGCCCUGAACGGUGCCCUGGGAUGGACCCUCUGUCUGGCCUGGCCUACCCAACCAACAACCAUUUUUAUGUUGAGUAUAACAAAGGAAAAGAUAUUAGGUUCCCCCCUUUUCUUCUUUGUUUUCUUCCAUUUCAUACAAUAAUUCUAUAUUGAGAUCCGGGGGAGAGAGAAGAGAACAAACAUUACUUGCGUCUGUCUGGAUAAAAACUGUAGCUGCGUUCUUUCAUGAUGACGGUGUCUAGAAAUGCAACAAUGUAGAAAGUAAGCAAAAUGGAUAAUAAAAAUAAUUGUAUAUGUCCCUAAAGUACAUGUUUGUUUGAGGUUGUUUUCUAUGGGUCGGAGGUUUUUGGUUUUUUAACAACCGAUGGUGGUCACAUCAAAUGACUCAUGGGCUGCUUGUAAACACUUUGUUAAAUACGUUUUCUGUUGGUCAUAUUUUCAUCAUUGAAUGGCACCCCGGAUUGAGUUAUUUCAGUGUCAUCUCUAAUGUUUUUAUCACGAGGCAGUUUCACAAUGAUUAUGCUUGUUGUUUGGUUGUGGCUAUUUCAGGCUCAUUGAUCAAACUUUUUGUACAAGGGUUACGGUGACAUAUGACUGUGUUUAUAAAAUGUAUUCAAUAA